AUGGGAGCCGGGAGCGUUCCGCGCGUCGGCACCGCUGCGUGGACCGCCGCUCGGCUCGCGUGGCGCGACAGGGCGACCGCGUCCGCCCGCGCGCUCAUCGCCGCCCGACGCGCCGCAGCGGGCGCGCCCCCGUUAACGGAUGCGUUAGAGCCCCAGAAAACCCCCCUUGACGCGGGCGUGCACGCGACGCCCGCGCAUCGCUCCUCGAUGUCGCCGAGGGACUGCUGGCCCCCGGGCGCGUCGCAACCGCGCCCGGGGAUGGCAUCGCGGCACGUCAUCGACGACGCGUUCGACCCGCGCGACCUGUCCGUCCUCGUCGCGGCGGCGAAGAUGUCCAUGCACGCGUUGCGCGCGUCGGGUUCCGGGGAGGCGUCGGCGGCUGCGUUGGGUCGCGCGAGCGAGGGGAUACUCGGUCUCGACGCGCACAUCGCGAUGCGCCGGACGAUACGGACGAUGACUGAGACGGCGCGUCGGGCCGUUCACGGCGUCCCGCCCGUCGUCCCACCCGUCCCCGCCAGAGACGACCGAACGGAGGAGGGUGCCCACUCGGGGGAUGACCUCGACGCCCCGACCCUCCACCCCGCGGGCGCGCUCUUCACCCACAUCGUCCCCGGCGAGACGUCCGUUACGUCCGUUACGCCCGGCACCCAAAUCGACACCACGCACGGGUACUGGAGCCCCCACGUCGACAAGGCGAACGUCCCGGAGUACGACGUCAGCGCGGUGCUGUACCUGUCCGACGGCGACGGCGUCGACUUCGCCGGCGGGGAGUUGCAUUUUAUGGAUGCGAUCGGCGGGUGGAAGACGGUCACGCCGCGGCGGAACAGGCUCGUCGUGUUCAGCUCGGGGGAGGAGAACGUCCACGCCGUGGGGGUGGUGACGUCGGGGGAGCGGACGACGCUCAACCUCUGGCUGACCCGGGAUCCGAGAGUCGCCGCGCCAGACGACGAUUGA